AUGGAGCAGAUGAUGGUGGAGAACAAGGUCAAAGCUGCUUUCCUCCCUGUCAAGAUGGCCUACCUGACUGUCAGCAUCGAGCCUCUGCCCCCCGUGGUGGUGGGGGACGCCGUGACCUUGAAAUGCAACUUCAAGACGGAUGGGAGGAUGAGGGAGGUCGUCUGGUACAGGGUGACUGAUGGGGGCACCAUCAAGCAGAAGCUCUUCACCUUUGAUGCUAUGUUCUCCACCAACUUCUCCCACAUGGAGAACUAUCGGAGGAGGGAGGAUCUGGUCUACCAGUCCACUGUGCGCCUGCCCGAGGUCCGGAUUUCGGACAACGGCCCCUACGAGUGCCACGUGGGGAUUUACGACCGAGCCACCAGGGAGAAAGUGGUGCUGGCCUCGGGGAAUGUUUUCCUCAACGUGAUGGCUCCUCCAACAUCCAUCUCAGUGCUUGCUGCUGACACCCCAGCACCCUUCAGCCGCUACCAGGCACAGAACUUCACCCUGGUGUGUGUGGUCUCUGGUGGCAAGCCUGCCCCACUGGUGUACUUCAAGCGGGACGGGGAACCCAUCGAGGCCACCCCGCUGCCGGAGCCGCCGGCCGGCGCCGGGAGCUGGGAACCUCGCAACCUCCUUCACCGCGACCUGGACGACACCAAGGUGCCAAAAUCCUUGGCGGCCGAAGGGGAGGCCGGCGGCUGGCACCCCUCCGCCACCAUGGAGCCUCCCCGGGGGCUGGCGGCCGAGAGAGGGCCGGUGACGGAAAUCAUCCCCGAGACGGUGGUGAGCCGCGAGUUCCCGCGCUGGGUGCACGUGGCGGAGCCCAUCUACUACUUCCGGCACACGCAGGCGCCGGUGAGCGACGGCACGGUGGAGGCUCGAGCCACCCUCACCUGGACCCUCAACCCCCAGAUCGACAACGAGGCCCUCUUCAGCUGCGAGGUCAAGCACCCUGCACUCUCCAUGCCCAUGCAGGCUGAGGUGACGCUCGUUGCUCCCAAGGGCCCGAAGAUCACAAUGACCCCGACAAGAGCCCGCGUGGGAGACACCGUGAGGAUCUUGGUGCAGGGCUUCCAGAACGAAGUCUUCCCCGAGCCCCUCUUCACCUGGACGCGGGUGGGGAGCCGGCUGCUGGACGGCAGCGCCGAGCAUGCCGGCAAGGAGCUGGUGCUGGAGCGGGUGCCAGCUGAGCUCAACGGCUCCAUGUACCGCUGCACCGCCCAGAACCCCCUGGGCUCCACCGACACCCACACCCGCCUCAUCGUUUUCGAAAACCCAAAUAUUCCCAGAGGAACGGAGGACUCCAACGGUUCACUGCCUGGCCACUGUGGCUUCAGACUAGUUUUGGCACUUACCCUAACAGUGAUCCUGGAGCUAACGUGA